AUGGAUCCCAACAGGUCCCUUUCCUUGGGCAUGCUUCUGUUCCUUUCUCUGAUUUCGGGAUUGAGCUACGGAACAAGUGGAGACGUGAUGAACUGCCAGGUGAUUAACAGGCAGCUAGGAAACCACACUUGGAUGUCCCUGACAAAUGAACAGAUACAUAAAAGCGUGAACAAAAGCAUCCGCAUCCUUGUCACGAAGGGAACGUCUUUAGGAAGCAAAACCAAUAAGAAAAUAGUGUCUUUUGAUCUCGCUAAAGGAGGCUAUCCAGAUCAUCUGGAGGAUGGCUACCAGUUUCAACCAGAAAACCUGAGCCUGAGGAUCCUGGGAAACCGAACUGAGAGUGAAGGAUGGUAUUUUGUGAAUUUGGAGGAGAAUGUGGCAGUUCAGCAAUUCUGCAUGCAGCUGAAGCUUUAUGAGCAGGUCUCCACCCCAGAGAUUAAAGUGCUAAACAAAACCCAGGAGAACGAGAAUGGGACCUGCAGCUUGAUAUUAGCCUGCACGGUGAAGAAAGGGGACCAUGUGGCCUACAACUGGAGUGACGAGGCAGGCGCCCAUCUGCUGAGCCAAGCCAACCACUCCCACCUCCUGAGCAUCACUCUCAGCAACCAGCAUCAGAACAGCAUCUACAGCUGCACCGCCAGCAACCCUGUCAGCAGUCGCUCUCAGACCUUCGACGUGCGGCAGGAGUGCAGGCUAGCGUCCUCAGGUGAGUACUCUGAAUCAAGCUCAUGGAUGCUACACACUGCUAUCCUGUUAGUGGUCAUUAUGAUCAUCAUCCUGAUUUCCACGGCAGUAAUAAUGCUGAAAAAACAAGGUAAAAAAAACCACUGCCAGCCUCCAGCAGAAGAAAAGAGCCUAACUAUUUAUGCCCAAGUACAGAAAUCAGGGCCUCCAGAGAAGAAACUUGAUGAUGCCCUGACAGAUCAGGACCCCUGUACAACCAUUUAUGUGGCUGCCACAGAGCCUGCCCCAGAGUCUGUCCAGGAACCAAACCCCACCACAGUUUAUGCCAGUGUGACACUACCAGAGAGCUGA